AUGACAAGCGACACAGAGAGCUCGGCGAUGGUGUCUCUCGUCGCAAACUCCCUCGGCUUGGCCGGUGUCGCCGUCUGUAGCAUUUCGGCCUUGAGGAGCAUAUUCCGUCAGAUGAUGCGAAAUGCAAAGUCCGCAAGCUAUGAGCGCAUCCCCGAAAUCUACGAAGAUCGAGAUGGACCCGCGGCGUCGAGAGCAGUGCCUUAUCUCUCCGACGGGAUUCUGCGACAAAUAGGUGCGAUUCUAGUGCUAAUUGGGACCAUGGUGACAUUAUCGCGUGCCGUCCUGACCACGGACAAAGCCAACUCGCCGUUCAUGAUCGAACAGUGGCUGCAGUUCUCUGCCUGGAUUCUUCUUUCAAUGCAAUGGGGUGCUAUCCUGACUGAGCCGCUUUCCACGAUCCGAUUCCGUAUGGCCUGCCAUACAUCUAUUGGGAGCGCCCUCUGGAUGGCCAUGGCGUUCGCCGAGAUGCUCGCGCAAUUCAAAUCCUCGGUAUUUGACAAAGUCCAACUGAUCCUCGCCACGAUCCAAUUCUUUCUUGCCACCUUCUCCGCCGCCUUAGCCCUUUUCCUACCCCGUCGUCCGGAUGUUUUGCGAAACGGGACCAUUAUAGACCGGCAAUUCACCACUACGGCUCUGGGCCGACUGACCUUCAGCUGGGUGGAGCCUUUGAUGAAUCUUGCUGUUCGGAACGAAUCUGUGGACAUGAAGGAUCUGGCAGAGUUGGAUUACGAUACAAGAUCAAAAACUCUUCACGCGUCAUUUAACGAGCAAAAGACACAAGAUUACAGAAAUAGGACUCCGCAAAGAUUAUGGAAAAGGGUGAUCCUCUGUCACAAAUCUGCCAUCAUCCUCCAGUUCAUCAUGGCCAUCACUGUCUCGUUUCUUAGCUUUCUGCCCCAAAUCGCCCUCUUAGGAACCUUGAGGGCGUUGGAGGCACGGUCGCAGAGCACCGAACAGUCGACUCACGUGUUCAUUUGCGUGUUGGGGUUCGGAGUAUCCAUGAUCUCGUCGUCGACCCUCGAUGUAUGGCUACUCUGGAUUUCCACCAGCCGUCUCGGCAUGAAGAUUUCCGCACAGCUCACAGUGGUCAUAUUUGACAAGUCUAUCCAUCUACAAAAUGUCAAAGAUUCCGUUCAGUCAAUCGAAAAUUCUCAAGAGGAAACAAGCGAGCAUUGUCACAAUUCAGACACCUCUAAGAACACACGCCAGAGUACCCUCAACCUGAUGUCAGUAGACGUCAAGCGAAUCGCCGACUUCGCAUCCUUUAACUACUUCCUUUACCAGUGUCCCCUCAAGCUGGGAGUUGCCUGUACACUUUUGGCUAGCCUCGUUGGCUGGGAGGGUCUUUUGGCUGGACUGUCCGUCCUAGUCAUUACGAUCCCACUCAACGCAUAUGCGGCGAGGAAGUAUUCUGGGUCCCAGGCUCAAAUCAUGAAGACACGAGACCUUAAGAUGGCGGUAAUUGUCGAAGCUCUACGAGGAAUUCGCCAAAUCAAAUUUACUUCGCUGGAGUCCUCGUGGGAGGAAAAGAUCAAUGCGUUCCGAGAUACCGAGCUUCGAGCACAGUGGAGAGCCUUUAUCUGGCAGACGGCUCUCUUUGCUCUAUCCCUCUUUAGCCCUCUCAUGCUUUCUGCGGCAGCACUUGGGGUUUUCGCUCUCGUAAAUGGGGGUUUGCCGGCUUCUGUUGCAUUUACAGCUGUAUCGGUCUUUGGGUCGAUUGAAAACACUCUCGCUGUUUUCCCGGAAAGUAUAGCUUGGCUUGUCGACUGUGCAAUCAGUCUGAGACGCCUCGAAUUUUUUUUGAAGCUGCCCGAAAACACAUGCCAGUUGAUCCCAGCUGAUAGAAUUUCAUUUGUAAAUGCUACCAUAUCUUGGCCAUCGGGCGCCGACGAAGGAUCGAUCAGAGGCCGUUUCGUACUCGAGGAUAUUACCAUGGAACUCCCCAAGAGUGGGUUGAGUGUUAUUUCGGGACCGACAGGAUCAGGGAAAAGCCUUCUGUUAUCCGCAAUUCUUGGCGAGUCUGACGUUCUGAGCGGAAGUAUCAAGGCCCCUCUGCGGCCUACCUUCCAAGAACAUUUUGAUGGAAACAAUGGGCAAUGGAUUAUAGAAUCAGCAAUGGCCUAUGUAAGCCAGGUUCCUUGGAUUGAGAACGGAUCCAUUAAAGACAAUAUUCUCUUUGGCCUGCCCUGCGAUUCCGAGCGAUACCAGGAUGUUCUGUUUGCUUGCGCCCUGGACAAAGACCUCACCAUACUCUCAGAUGGCGACCUCACCGAGAUUGGAGCCCAAGGUGUAAACAUUAGUGGUGGGCAGAAAUGGCGCAUCUCCUUGGCCCGCGCGCUCUACUCUCGCGCCGGAAUUCUCGUUAUGGAUGACGUGUUCAGUGCUGUUGAUAUACACACGGCUCGACACAUCCUUGACCACGCCAUCACCGGCCAGCUCACACGGGGAAGAACACGUGUGCUCGUUACCCAUCAUACAACCCUUUGCCUCUCGGCCAUAGACUAUGCCGUUCAUCUGGAUAACGGUAGAGUUUGCUAUACCAAAACAGGGAAUGAACUGAGACGGGAUGGUGGACUUCAGAUUCCAACCAACCAGGCCCUUGAUGCGGAAUUCGAUGACUCAAUAUUGAUGGAUGCCACGCAGUCUCCUGGAGUUACCAAUGCUUCGCGGCCCUCCUGUGGGAUAGAAGAUACACAAGAUGGCGGCAAACAACCAUCCCGUAAACUUGUGAAGGAUGAGGGUCGAGCGAACGGCGCCGUUAAGUGGAAAGUAUAUAAAGGCUACCUCGCACAGGGUGGUAAUAUCUGGCUCUGUGCUAUUCUACCGAUUGUUUAUCUGGGUUACAGUGGCCUGAUGAUUGCCCGAGCAUGGUGGCUCAAUGUUUGGACUAGUCACCAGUCAGCCCCAGAGCAAGACAUAUCGGUCAUUCAUCAAGCUGUGAACUAUAUGGCUGUACAGAAGAUUCAGCUAGAUGACGAUAUAGGCUUUUCGAUCGCCGUCUACGUCGGAAUUUCCCUAUUAGCAUGCGUCGCAGGUUCCCUGCGGGUUUAUUUCAUGUUCUCUCUUUCUCUUCGUGCAUCCCGCAACCUUUUCCGUCAUCUCCUGCAUGCCAUUCUCAGAGCCCCACUUCGUUGGCUGGAUACGGUCCCUCUAGGACGAAUCCUCAAUCGCUUUUCGGCGGAUUUCAGUGCGAUCGACACCCAAAUGGGAUUGACGCUGGGUAACACGAUCUAUUGCGCAAUUGAAGUAAUUGGAGCUGUUUUUGCCGGUGCCAUGGUCAACCCUGUGCUCGCCGUCUUAACUGGAAUCAUAGUUAUAGUCUCGCUUUCCUUCUCCCGAAAGUACCUCGCGGCUGCCCGUGAGGUUAAUCGAUUAGGAAGUACAGCCAAGAGCCCCAUCUUUGUCCAGUUUGAUUCCAUGCUAAGUGGCCUCGACACUAUCCGGGCGUUUGGAAAAAGCGAAAAUUACAUAUCUCGUGUUCAGGCGGCGGUCGAUCGCCAUGCACAAGCCUAUUGGCAUGGUUUGCUUCUAAACCGAUGGCUUGCUUUCCGCAUGGAGCUGAUGGGGUUUCUCUUCACCUUCACAACGAUGGUAUUGGUGACAUUCGCUAAGGGAAUCACCGCUUCGGUUGCAGGAUUUGCUAUUAGUUUCGCGCUGCGCUACACGGGGGUAACCUCCCGCGCAAUCCGGGUAUACGUCACCCUAGAAAUGGCCUUGAACAGCACCGAACGGGUUCAGGAAUAUUCCGAUAUUGAUAUUGAAGAACCUUACGGAAUCGAUCCUCCCGCUACUUGGCCAACUGAAGGACGUCUAGAUGUAUCUAACCUUGUGGUGGGCUAUGCACCAGAUCUGCCACCUGUCUUAAAAGGGCUCAAUUUCCAGGCGGAACCAAACCAGCGCAUCGGCGUUGUAGGACGAACUGGCGCCGGCAAAUCCUCCCUAGCAUUGGCAUUAUUCCGUUUUUUGGAAGCUCGCCAGGGUCAAAUUCUUGUAGAUGGGAUCGAUAUUGCUAAGGUGAAGCUGCAUCAUCUUCGCAGUCGGCUAGCCAUUAUUCCCCAAGAUCCAGUACUCUUCUCAGGUACAGUGCGAUCCAAUUUGGAUCCUUUCGAUCAGCACGAUGACAUGGAGCUACAUAGUGCUCUUGAACAAGUUAAUUGGGGUGGUGGCAGUGCCACCUCUAAAAGUGUCACUGAUGAGAGUACCAUUUUGGGUACCGCAUCGAACAGCUCAAUAGCCUCGGCAACGACUCGAUACUCUAGUGACGGACUUUUUAGCAAGGUCGGUUCACUGCUCGAUCAGCCUAUCUCCCAAGGGGGUCAAAACCUGUCUCAGGGCCAGAGGCAGCUUCUAUGCCUGGCGCGAGCAAUCAUUUCUAGGCCGAAGAUCAUGGUCCUGGAUGAGGCCACAUCGGCAGUUGAUGGGGACACGGACGAGUUUAUACAGCAAUCAAUCAGAUCUGAGUUUGGACGCAAUUCCACCCUUCUCGUCAUUGCUCACCGCAUCAGUACGAUCGCGGACUUUGAUCGAAUCCUUGUUCUUGACGCUGGGAAGGCCGUUGAAUUUGGACCACCGCGUGAUUUGAUGAAGAUCGAUGGGGGUGUCUUUCGAUCGCUGGUGGAGGAAAAUGGAGAUAGAGAGGUGCUUGAAAAUAUUAUUUUUGGGUAA